UCGAAAAUGAAAGUAGGAUUUCGUAGAAUCAUUCUAAAGUUGAGUAAUAAUGUUUGUCAGAUACACACCAGAAAACUUUUGAACCUCCAGGCAAAAGAUAUGGCGAGCAACAAAAAGGAACAAGUUUUCAAAUACCUCUUGAUUCUGGAUUUUGAGGCGACUUGUGAUAAAAAAGCACCAAUUAUUCCACAGGAAAUUAUUGAAUUCCCUGUGAUCAAAUUGAACACAGACACACUGGAGUCAGAAGCUGUUUUUCACACUUACGUGGAACCUGAUGUCCAUCCAAGGUUGACACCAUUUUGUACAGAGUUGACAGGAAUUACACAAUCUCAGGUGGAUGGACAACCACAUUUAACAGAAGUUUUAGACAAGUUAUUACCCACCUGGAUGAAGGAACAAGGCCUCUUUGAGACAGAGAACACCAGUAUAUUUGUCACUUGUGGUGACUGGGAUCUCAAAAAAAUGUUACCCUCCCAGUGCUCACACUUGAAUUUCAAACCAGAGAAUUAUUUAAAGAAGUGGAUCAACAUUAAAAAGGCUUUCAGUGAUGUAACUUCCCACUAUCCCAAAGGAAUGAAGGACAUGUUACGAGAAUUGGGGCUCCCACAUAGAGGGCGCCACCACAGCGGGAUAGAUGAUUGUAGGAACAUAGCAGCCAUUGCUGAGGAACUGAUCAAAAGAGGUCAUGUGUUUAAGCAGACAUCUUAUCCUUGACAUCAGAUAAAGCACCAUCUGCUGGAUUAGAGAUCAAAGUGUGAAGAAAUAA